AAAUUUUUGACACUUUCAUUGGCAUUACUAAAAUUUAUCAAGCUCAAAACGCUGGCUUUAUGCGUUUCUGGAUCGGACCAACUCAACCAGUUGUAGUUAUUUUUGACGCAGAGUGCGCUGAGGGCGUCCUCACUAGCAAUGUCAAUAUUGACAAGUCAAAAGAGUUUGAUUUUGCCAUUCCUUGGCUCGGUCUUGGUCUUUUCACCAGUACUGGAGACAAGUGGAGGGUUCAUCGAAAAAUGCUUACGCCUGCCUUCCAUUUUCGCAUUUUAGAAAGUUUUGUGCCAAUUAUUGGAAAACAGCAAAAAAUCAUGUUGGACUUGAUUGAGAGUAAGAUGAACAGUAACCGAGUUAUUGACGACAUUCGGCCAAUCAUUACCAACUGUGCAUUGGACAUCAUUUGUGAAACCGCAAUGGGGGUCAACAUCAACGCACAGACUGACCCCGAGUCAAAGUACUCCAAAGCUGUGCGCAAGGUGCUUGAUCUGUUCACACUUCGUUUUCUCUCGCCAUGGCUGUGGAACGACUUGAUUUUCCAGAUGACACCAACUGGAAUAGAGCAACGCAAAACUAUAAAGUUUCUACACAACUUCACAGUGACAGUUAUCAAGCAGAAGAAAAAGGAGAUUCUUGACAAAAUGCGCACCGGCGGAGCUGACCUUGAGGCGACAAUGAACGACAUUGGCACUAAACGAGUGCUUGCCUUUCUGGACAAUCUUCUCACUCAAAACAUCAAAGACCCCAACUCACUGUCUGAUGAGGACAUUCGCUCUGAAGUGGACACGUUCAUGAGCGCCGGACAGGACACUUCUUCUGCGACUAUUCAGUUUGCUCUGCAACUAAUUGGAAAUCACCCUGAGGUGCAAACCAAAAUUCACGAAGAACUUGACACAAUUUACGGUGACAGUCCUGACCGUGAGAUUAAAUUUGAAGAUUUACGAGAGAUGAAAUACCUUGAAAAGUGCAUCAAAGAGACGCUGAGGCUUUUCCCACCAGUACUUUUUAUUGCUCGGCAAAUUACCGAAGAGUUUAAAAUUAAAGGACGAACUAUUCCUCCCGGCACAACUUGUUUAGUGCUUCAUUACGUUCUUCAUCGUGACCCGAAGUACUUUCCGAAUCCCGAAGUCUUCAAUCCAGAUAGGUUUUCUCCUGAAAACAUGAAUGAAAGGCACGCUUUUGCCUUUGUCCCAUUCUCAGCUGGUCCACGCAACUGUAUUGGACAGCGAUUUGCUCUUCAAACUACAAAGGCGUUGAUUGCUUCAAUAUUGCGCAAAUAUCGAAUUACCUCAGUGCUACCUAUGAACAAGAUUGAAUUGGCAAUCGGAACCACAAUGGGACCUAAAAACAAGAUUACUCUUCAGUUUGAAAGACGAUAA